AUGGCAAUGGCGCCUACUGCAGCACCAAAGAUGCGCAUAUUACUCCUGCAUGGCUACGCCAUGAACCACAUUUCUUUUCGCCGCCGGCUCUCUGCUCUUCAAAAAGGAUGUAAAGAUAUAGCUGAGUUUGUGUUUGCAAAUGGACCUCAUCAUAUUCAGGCUCUCCCAAGUGAGACCAAUCCAGAUCCAGCGCCACCGAAUCCAAAUGACCCGGAAGACAAGCAGGCAAGAGCCUGGUUCAUGGCACGCAACAAUGUGUAUGAAGGUUGGGAUGCGUCUGUGACGUAUUUGAAGACGCUGUGUCGUGAGCAAGGGCCAUUUGAUGGUGUUCUAGGAUUUUCACAAGGUGCUUCCCUUGCAGCCAUCUUGGCAGCAUCACUGGAGCAUCCAGAGCGCACGCCUGAAACGUCGGAACCCAUUCAGAACAAGCCCUUCCGCUUUGUCAUCUCUGUAUCUGGCUUCCGACCGGCUGAUCCCAAAUACGACUCUUUGUUCCGCGACCAGAUUCAAACACCCGUUAUGCUCAUUGUGGGUGCGAAUGACAGUAUCGUCACAUCCGAGCGCUCUCAGACUCUGGCUGAGCGGUGUGCCAAUAUUCGCGUCGUUCGACAUCCAGGGGAACACUAUCUUCCAACCUCUGCACCUUGGCGCUCGUUCUUGCGUGCUUGUAUUACAUCGUUUGCUAACAGCAAUCAUGACUGGCAGUCGAUCCCAUCGCCAGCGGAUGAUACGUCACAGGAUGCAUGCACUAAGUUGUAG